GGGGCGGGGCUUUGGGUCGUACAGGAAAAGAUAAAGAACGCGAGGACAUCUGAGACAAAAACGAUGGCUGCAAUUCGUAAGAAGCUUGUAAUCGUUGGUGAUGGAGCAUGUGGAAAAACGUGUUUACUCAUCGUUUUCAGUAAAGACCAGUUUCCUGAGGUGUACGUACCCACAGUGUUCGAGAACUAUGUCGCUGAUAUUGAGGUGGAUGGCAAACAGGUUGAGCUGGCUUUAUGGGACACAGCUGGACAAGAGGACUAUGACAGACUGAGGCCUCUGUCCUACCCAGACACCGAUGUCAUCCUUAUGUGCUUUUCCAUAGACAGCCCGGACAGUUUGGAGAAUAUCCCUGAGAAAUGGACACCGGAGGUGAAACAUUUCUGUCCAAAUGUUCCAAUAAUUCUGGUGGGUAAUAAAAAAGAUUUACGGAAUGAUGAUCAUACUCGACGGGAGCUGCUCAAGAUGAAACAGGAACCAGUUAAACCAGAGGAAGGGCGAGACAUGGCUAAUCGAAUCAAUGCGUUUGGCUAUCUGGAGUGUUCAGCUAAAACUAAGGACGGUGUGAGGGAAGUUUUCGAAAUGGCCACAAGAGCGGCACUCCAAGCCAAGAAACGUGGCAAGAAGAAUGCCUGUGCUUUGCUAUAGAGUAUUGGGAGGAAGAGAAAAGAAAGAGGGAGGGAAAGGGGUAACCAAACUAGGCCAAGGAAAAUGAAAGCGCUAUAAAGUGUGCAAAUAGAGGGAAGAAAUGCCCCCAGUGUUAAUUAUGUACUCGGGGGUGGGGGUGUACAGGGAGGGUCAUCUUCAAUCCAGGCCAAAGGAAACAACAGAAGAUAGUUGGGACAACUGUACCAGCAAAAAGGGACUUUGACAUUUUUAUGGCCAAUAUGUUUGACAUCAGUCCACUUUCAAAUCAAGAUUAGUUGACCUUAAGCCUUCAGACUGAUCAUAAACUAAGGAUAGUGUAUUAGUAGAGUAAAGAUUGAUGUGGUUUCACAGUGGCUCACAAUCACUGAUUGAUUUUGGGGUGGGGUUAUUUGUGAUGUACUCUUUGGCCCAUAUCAUAUCUUCUCGUUAGAAGCGCAACAUUGUUAGCAAGAACACAUUCAGGGUGUAUACGGCAUUAGUUAGUGCUCCACAUUGUGUAUACUACAUGUCAAGCAGGGGGUUGUUUUUUGGCCACAUGAUGUAAUACUCCCAUGAUUCCCUUUAAAAACCUCCCAGGGAACAAGUGCCGUCUUAUGUAAAUCAUUUAUGCCUAUACUUUGUAAUACAAUUUUCUGUUUAACAAUUUUGUUUGUUCCUACUUUAACAUGCUAAUACUGUUGGUUAAUACAACUGGUUCCUCUGUACCCCCUUGUCCUGUCAAAAUUGACACUUAUUCACUGGUUAAAAAUAGUUGGAAGUAGUUGUAGUCUUUCAAAUCCUUUUUCCAAUAAGAAUUAUAUAUAUAUAUGCCAUUUGCCUAUAAAAUUCAAAGUAAAAUGCAAUGAUGAUACAAAUUCACCUUUUUGUGAGUAUUUUAUGUGCUUGCUGAUGUAUUGUAGUAAAAAAAAUAAACUUUGGGUUAAUCAGCACUAGUGGAGCUCAAAGCAAAUCUACAGAUAUGACUUCAGCUCUAUAUGUUGACUAUCAGACACUGUUCGAUUUUGGCAAUAUAUAUACGUUUUCUACUAGGUGACAGUGUUUUGCGUAAACAUCUAAUUUUCACUUUUUCUCUUACCUGCAUGACAGGCUUUUAGUUGGUGUGCAGAAAUAAAUGUAAUAUUUGUUUAUUUCUCACUGUAUAAAUGAGAAACUCCCUCCAUUUUAUUUUUAUUGUUCACUUCUCCUGUACUUUUUUUUUUUGUGAAAUUCUACUGGCUAUAUCAUUUUUGCAUAUUUUACAAAUUCUAGUAUCUUAGAAUUUUAAAGUUUUAAAAGAAAUACAGAAGGAAAACAGUAGCGAAAAUGUGAUUUUGAGAGAGCUGUUUAAUGCCAUAUUAUUAAAUGCAAGUAAUUUCUUAGUAGAGAUUCUGCAUUUCAUUGUAAGAAAAAAAAAGAGCCUUUGAUGCAUCAAUUAUCUUUUGUAUACCAGUGCAUCUUUGGAUUUCGACAAACUCAUUUGAAAUGUAUUGAAAAAAUAAAUUCUUAUAGGGUAAAUUUGCCUGGGUCUUCAUUUUAUGUCGGUUCUCAAUGAUAUGUUGAUGGAAAUUAAAUAUGAAUGAAAAUGUUGAUGAUCAUGUACAAUUUAUAAUUUAUUUUCUAGACAUUGUAGAAGUGUGUUAGUAAACAAGAGUACACAUUAGUUAAAAGAAUGAAAAGUGGAGGUAGAUAACAAAAAUACCAAACUGUUGCAGGUUGUCCAGAAUCUAAAACCAUCUGUCAGUCUUUAUAGUGAUCUGUGCAAUCCAGCUACAAAUUCAUGAUAAUAAGGCUCUGAAAAAUGAGGAAAAAAAUAACAGUCACAUCCUCUUAUCAUGUUUGGCUUGUCAUUUAAAAGUGUGUAAUAGGUAUAACAUACUAUCAAAUUACAAUUGCUGAGUGAAUCUAAUGAAGAAAUGUCAGGUCAUAUUAUACCCCAAAAUCAAAUAAAAGGAAGAUUAUUUGUGGAACGGUUACGUUUUUUAUCGAAUUCUCAUUACUGUAAUACAAUAAUAAAAAAAAAAGGUAAUAGGCCUAUAUGGUGUAGUGUGUUUAUUUUAUACAUCAAGGUAGAAUGAUUGAUGGUAUGGAAGUUAAAAUCAUUGUGUCCAGAGAGGCCGAUUCUCAUUACUGUAUGUAAAUGUACUAAAAAAAGGUAAAUUAUAUAUAUAUAUAUAUAUAUAUAUAUAUAUAUAUAUA